AGUAUAUAGUCGACACCACUCACUCACUCAACAACACACACUCAAACGCUCAAACUUAACUCAGCUCUAUACCAGAAGAUCUGUGAGUUUGUAUUAUUAAGUGGAAUACGCACGCAAGGCCUUGUGGCGGCACUUAUGCCCUCAUGAGUGAGAGAGAGGAUGAAAGCAUGAUAGCAGAGGAGCGCAGUGCGCCAUUCUGUGAAGGACUCAACCUCAACGACGCCAGCUGGUCCUGGACGCAGACCAUGAACUACGUGGGGCAGCUGGCCGGCCAGGUGUUUGUGCAGGUGAAGGAGCUGUACCGAGGGCUGAACCCAGCCACCCUGUCCGGCUGCAUCGAUGUGAUCGUGGUGCGGCAGCCAGACGGCGCCCUGCAGUGCUCGCCCUUCCACGUACGCUUCGGCAAAAUGGGUGUCCUCCGCUCGCGGGAGAAAUUGGUGGACAUCGAGAUCAACGGGGAGCCUGUGAGCCUGCACAUGAAGCUGGGCGAAAAUGGAGAAGCCUUUUUCGUCAAGGAGACUGAGAACGACCAGGGAAUGGUGCCAGCUUACCUGGCCACCUCGCCCAUCUUGUCUGAGGGCAGCGCCCUCAUGGAGUCCCAGCUGGGCAAAGGGGCGUCCAGGCUCAGCGACGCGUCCCCCGGUCCAUCCGUCCAGACGCUGGGUCCAUCUCAGGCCUCGGGGGACGGCAGCAGCACGCAGAAGAAGCGGAGGAAGAGACGCAGGAAGUCCCAGGUGGACAGCAUGCGGCGGGACGACACAGAGGGCUACUCGGAGGACGAGGACAUGUUCACCAUCGACAUGAGCUCAGACGAGGAGAGGGAGAAAGAGGGCAGCAGGGAUUCAUCCUGUGACAGGUUUGGCGAAGGUCAGACAAAGGUCACCUCCAGCUGUACCUUUAUGCAGAGCUCAACGUACACACAGGCGGAUGGGGGCUGGGCACACACACAGAGACUGGAGCAGACGUGCACACUGCCCAUCCCCACCGGUGGAGGACUCUCUGUCUCUCUCCCACCUGAUACAUCCAUCUACCAGAACAUCCACAGCCCCAACGAAUCCCUCCCGUCGACGCCGAAGAGUGACUCGGAGCUGACGAGCCAGAUGGGCAAGGCCAAAGCAGACAACCCUGAGAUGCUGUGGGCCUGGGGAGAAUUGCCGCAGGCUGCCAAGCCGGCGUUCCUGAAUGAAAUGCCCGAGGCCAAGUCGAUAGCCCCGGUAUCCAUCCCCGUGUCCGAGAGCACCCACUUCCGAACCAUCUCCAGCGCCGCGCGUCCAGAGACACAGACAGCCGGCGGCGGACCCCCCUCCCUCUCCCUCUACAUCCCCAGCCCCAGAGCAGAGCUCGCGGGAGAAGAAGCAGGGGCAGGAGAUGAGGUUGGGGCGACAGCGCCACCCUCAGCCAUGGAGGUGGAAGGGAUCGGAGCAGCGGCACGUCUGCUGCAUGACCUAGAGGACGGCCGGGACAGCCCUAGUGGACGAGCACUGGGCAAGACAGACUCUCCGUCCAAAAGAAAGGAUAAAAGAAGCCAUCACCUGGGUUCGGACGGCGUCUACCUGGACGACAUCACAGAGCUGGAGCCUGAGGUGGCUGCCCUCUACUUUCCUAAGAGUGAGGGUGUUGGUUCAGGACAGCCGGGUCAGGAGGUGCGAAGUGCCAACCAAUCACCUCAGUCCGUGGGCAGCAGUGGCAUGGACAGCGGGGUGGACAGCUACUGUGACCAGACUGGGGACCUUCCCUCUAUCGCCAUCUCCCUGUGUGGAGGACUAACAGACAACCUGGAGAUCACUAAGGAGCAGUUUGAGGAAAAAGCCAUAUCCUACCGGGAGUUUGCAGACAAUCCAACAGUCAUCGAUGACCCCAACCUGGUUGUGAAGAUCGGAACCAAGUAUUAUAACUGGGCCACUGCCUCUCCUAUUCUGCUGGCGAUGCAGGUCUUCCAGAAGCCUCUUCCAAAGGCCACGGUGGAGAACAUUGUCCAGGAGAGGAUGCCCAAGAAAGGGGGCCGCUGGUGGUUCUCAUGGAGGGGGCGCAGCUCCAACUCCAAGUCGGAAUCCACAUCAGAAAUGGGAGCUGAUGAAGGCAGCCAGUCCGCACAGGCCGACUCCCUCAGAAUGAAGGACGAUUCCUCAAGUGACGAGGACAACCAGACCGCCCGCAUCGGCUCGAGUUCGUCUCAAGAUGACCCGCCACUGACCCCGAGCAGCAUCUGGUACCGGAAGACGCUCCGUUUGUCCUCUGAGCAGCUGACAAGCCUACAGCUGAAAGAGGGUCCGAACGAUGUGGUGUUCAGCGUGACCACCCAGUACCAGGGCACCUGCCGUUGUGAGGGCACCAUCUACCUGUGGAACUGGGACGACAAGAUUGUCAUCUCCGACAUCGACGGCACCAUCACCAGGUCAGACACACUCGGACACAUCCUCCCCACGCUAGGGAAGGACUGGACGCAUCAGGGGAUUGCUCGCCUCUACCAUAAAGUCAGCCAGAAUGGCUACAAGUUCAUGUACUGCUCGGCGCGUGCGAUUGGCAUGGCGGGCAUGACUCGUGGGUACCUGCACUGGGUGAACGAGAGGGGCACCAUGCUACCGCAGGGACCGGUGCUGCUCAGUCCCAGCAGCCUCUUCUCCGCCUUGCACAGGGAGGUGAUCGAGAAGAAACCGGAGAAGUUCAAAAUUGAGUGUCUGACCGACAUCAAACACCUGUUCUACCCAAACACAGAGCCCUUCUACGCUGCUUUUGGAAACAGGCCCACGGAUGUAUAUUCCUAUAAGGAAGUCGGAGUGCCAUUGAAUAGAAUAUUCACAGUGAAUCCAAAGGGAGAGCUGAUCCAGGAGCAUGCCAAGACCAACAUCUCAUCAUACGGGCGCCUGUGUGAGGUGGUGGACCAUGUAUUCCCGCUGAUGAUCCGGGGGAACACGUCGGAUUUCCCCUGUUCGGACACCUACAGCCAGUUCACCUACUGGAGAGACCAGCUGCCUGAGGUGGAACCCGAAGACAAGGAAGCGGAGAAGAGCUGAGAAGAGGGACGCUUAGUCUCUCGCUUUCACACACAUACACACACACACACACACACACACACACACACACACACACAGACACACACACACACACACACACACACACACACACACACACACACACACACACACACAGACACACACACACACACACACAGACACACACACACACACACACACACACAUAGUAAUGUACAUAUACAGUAAAGAAGAGUACAGAACAAGCUUUGUAGAAGAAGCUUUGCAAUACCAUACCAGUACCUCUACGCACAAGCAUCGGGGCGCCUUUUAACAAAAAACAAAUUAAGCUUUGAAAUUUCUACAUGUUUAUGUGAUCAUGUUAUUUAUUUGUUUGUAAAUCUUUUCUACAUUUCUGGUCCUGAAACUAACAUAAAAACAUAUAUUAAUAAUAACCUCAGUGCAAGAUUACCUUGUGCAAAUAUUAUAAUUCCACAAAAACAAUCAUUAAGUAAACCUAAAAUAAAAAUAAUUAUUACAUUAUAUAUAAAUAAAAAUAAACCAUAUUUUUAAUAUUGCCAACAAAGAAAGCACUGAUAUACCUGAAAAUACAUAUUGUUUGUAUUUCGCUACCAGUUUGCACCAAGACCAUUGCCAUAUAUCAUAAAAUCAUCAAACAGUUUGUUGUGCACUUAUAAAGAAAAUGUACAUCUAAAUUUCACAUGAAAAAAAAUAGUACAGUCAACUUCCAAUAAUACCACUUUAAAACACUGAGUGGAGUCAGUGCAGGGCAGAAAAAUCCUUUGAUAAAAGCACUGUGGACAGAUGGUACUUUUUGUUGUUGGAUUUCUAAAAGCUCCCUUUAUAUACAGUGUAGCAUGCACUUAUCCAAACGCCAUUUGACCUUUUGUAUAGUUUUACCACUCUAUAGUAGCAUUCCUCUAAUAGCUGAUGUUUCUGUUUUUUUCCUUAUCAUAUUCUGAACUCAGUGUUUUAAAGCUCAUAUUUAAAAUUUUAAAGAUCAUAUUUACACGGUUACUGAUCAACAACUGAUGACAUAACCUUAUUUGUAAGAGGGUUUUGGAAUGUACAUGUUGUUAUUCAUUUACAAAGUCAAUGCAUACUUUAAUAGCUGGUUAAAUAUUAACACCAGACAAUGCAAGGGAAACUCAGGGUGUGCCUCUACGAUUCACACGGUGUCCCACAAUUCCAUCUGUUUUCAUUUGGAACUUUACUGAGCUACUCUGUGAUGACUUAGAAAAGAACAGGCUUUGUAAUAUUUUCAUUGAAGUUAUUUCUAAAGUGAAAUACCUUUUUGAGAUUUAUAAAAGAUCAUCAUGCAUAAUUUAUCAGGUGACCAUAAUUUCAAAGGGUAGGCCUACAUAAAAAAAUAAAAAAAAAAUCCAGCAUGAAUAUUGUAAGUUGUCGGUGUCACUGAAUGGGUGCCAAGGUAGCCUGACGAGCUGCGUAGGGUCAGGGGAUUGUUUAUCGUUGGUGUUUAUGUUCAGACGAGGUGUGUAAAUAGUAAAUAUGUGUUGAGGAUAGAGAGGGAUGUGCCUGCCUGUGUUGCAGGUGCAGUCAGUGUGUGUGUGUGUGUGUGUCUUACUGUGACUGAAGCUGACAGGCAUAGUGGAUGUUAAGCAGCCAGUGGUUCUCACUGACUCCUGCAGGAGAUUGUUUUUGUUGUUGUUGUCACAGUGUAUCGUUUGAUAUGAUUAUGUGAUGUGAUCCACAGGAUGUAGCCAAGUGAAACAUGGGCUGGGUAAAACCUGUAAACCCCUGAAGUUGACUAUAGGCGUUGCCAGGGUCGUUGUCUGUCGAGAAAUGUCAUUAUGCUUGUUGUGUGUUUAUGGAGGAAAUAAGAUUCAUAUGAAUUUGAUGUAUGCAACAUAAAAUGCAAUUUGUCACCUUUACACUGUUUGUGGGGGAGGUGUUGAACACAAGGAAAAUAACUGUUGUUGAUGUUAUUUUUAUAAUUAUGACAUUGUUGACCACUAAAUACCAUACCACUGUGAGUUAACUUAGACUGCAGAUUGCUAAUGUGCUACACCUAACAGUAUUUUCAUCUUUUAACUGCAGUGCACUCUCUGUAGAAGAUCCAAGUUCUUUUUCAUGAAACCUAUAUUUUGAUACAGUAUCAGUUUCAGAUUCUGACAUGAGAAGCAUUACUGUGGUAGCAAGUCAUCUCCUUAUUUUAUUUAUGUGUUUGUGCACAGUCAACUGCCAUCACUUUCCAGUCUGUCUGUAUAUGUUGUGGUAUCGGUAUUCUUUCUGUGAAAGAUCUUGUUGCCUUAGUUUUGGCUGACAUUAUGUCAUUGUUUGUCCUUCAAAUGCAUAGAGGUAAAAUCAAAUUUAAAAAUCUGUAUAUUACUUUCAAUAAAUGCAAAACCAAUGGACUGCAA